AUGGAAGAACUCCCCAAAGCUGAUACCCUGCUCUAUGGCGAGCACCAACACCGCGGCAUGCGUUUCCAACGGUGGAUCGAAAAUGCAUCUCUGUCAAACUGCCCAAUUCAACCCAGCGAGGUCACCUUGACUCAACUGCAUGCCAACUGGUUGCCAGUCAUCGUUGACCGCGCCCAGCCGGAUGCAGUGAGCUUUGCCGAUGGCCUCUAUCACGCAAAUCGACUACAAAUUCACGGUCCGUGGGUCCACCAUCGAAUGACGAGCGGGAUCAAGCCCGGACCUAGGGGAAGAUUUUCAACCGAAGACAUCAAUGACUUUCAAUCCUACAUUGCACCAACCGCUCUCUUCUUGACGUGUGUUUUUCGAAUGGAUGGCCCUUAUGUCUCUCAAAUCGCUCAAGCCGUAUACCAAAGUGAGUAUUCCAUGGGCACUCUCGAGCAUAUCUUCUUCACCGAUGUGGUCAACCAAGAUACAACUGAUUUUCUGCAGGAAAGCGUUCUUCCCGACAUGAACAAUCCGAACAAAAUUCCAACCACUCGUGAGACAUACACCUUUGAACACGGUUCCCCCGAGCAUCUCGCUUUGCUGGGCACCAGACUGGGCUCGGUCGUGGGGUACCUCAUGCUGGGUGCAUAUCCUCGUGGCACGCGACGCGUUUCUCGAAUCAGUAUUCAUCGCAACUAUGGAUUAAGUCUCGAGCUUCAGUUUCAAAUUGAAGAUAUUCCACGCAAUACGGCAUCUUCGGGUGGUUUUUCUUCAAAAGCCGGGGAUAAACGUCGCCACGUGGGUGGCGGAGAUGGAACAGACGAUGGUGCCGGUUCUUCGGGGAAGCGACGGAAGCCCAGUGGUGGGGAUGACGAUAAUUAUCAAGGACCUGCACGUCGAACGAGACAGCGGCUUGGACCACGGAAGAUUUAG